AUGACAAUGCGAAAUAAUUCUAAAACGAGAGAAAUGUUUAUAGUAAGAGCACUGGAAAAGAUUCUCGCUGAUAAAGAUGUCAAACGAUCACAUUUAUCACAAUUACGAAAAUCAUGCGAAUCCGCAUUGGAUGAUUUACGGAAUGAAAUUAAAGAGGUACCAAAUGUUCAAGGAGAAGAGGCCAUUUCCAAUGCAUUGCCUCAACCGCGAAAUGAUUCAAAUGUUAUAUCAGCUGAAAAAUAUUUUCUUCCAUUUGAGUUGGCAUGUCAAAGUAAAUCGCCACGGAUUGUCGUCACUGCAUUAGAUUGUCUACAAAAGCUUAUAGCAUAUGGACAUUUGACUGGUAAUGUACCAGACUCAACGGAUCCAAAUAAACUAUUGAUUGUGAGAAUUGUCGAGACAAUAUGCAGCUGUUUUAUGGGUCCACAAACUGAUGAAGGAGUACAGUUGCAAAUAAUAAAAGCAUUAUUAACUGUUAUGACCAGUCAACAUGUUGAAGUCCAUGAAGGAACUGUUUUGCUUACUAUUCGUACUGUCUAUAAUGUUUAUUUAGCUUCAAGAAAUUUAGUUAAUCAAACUACUGCACGAGCAACACUUACUCAAAUGAUUAAUGUCAUUUUUGCGCGUAUGGAAACACAAGCAGAAGAAGAAGCUAUUAGAACAAGUGAAACACCUCAACAACCAGAGACACCGGUCACACCCAGAGUUGAAAUUGAAUGUGAAACUUCAUCAAUUGUUGACACAGGCAGUGUGAUAACGCCAACAAUAUCUAAUGAUACAACUCCAUCAUUUGAAGCGCACCAAGUUGUUAGUGAAAUUUUGGAUGAUAUUGUUAAUACUGUUGUACCAGAAGACAACAGUCUUAAGGCAUCAAUAAAUGAGGAACAACCAAGUAUUGAUCAUGUCCACACUGAUGACAAUACCGAUGAAACAACUGCUGAAAAUGAUAAUAUGGUUACUGCUAAAUUUACCCAUGUGCUUCAAAAAGACGCUUUCUUAGUUUUUCGGGCUCUUUGUAAAUUAUCUAUGAAGCCAUUACCGGAAGGUACACCUGAUCCCAAAUCACACGAAUUGAGGUCUAAAAUAUUGUCAUUACAAUUACUUUUGGGUAUUUUACAAAACGCUGGGCCAGUUUUGCGAUCAAAUGAAAUGUUUGUUAUUGCAAUAAAACAAUAUUUGUGUGUAGCACUAUCAAAAAAUGGCGUUUCGUCUGUACCUGAAGUAUUUGAAUUAUCAUUGGCAUUAUUUCUUGCUUUGUUAUCGCGAUUCAAAGUCCACCUGAAGAUGCAAAUAGAAGUUUUCUUUAAGGAAAUUUUUAUGAAUAUACUUGAGACUUCGAGUAGUUCAUUUGAACACAAGUGGAUGGUUAUUCACGCGCUGACAAGAAUUUGUGGAGACGCUCAAAGUGUUGUUGAUAUAUACGUAAAUUAUGAUUGCGAUCUUUCGGCUGCUAAUUUAUUUGAAAGACUCGUAAAUGAUUUAUCAAAAAUAGCACAAGGCCGUCAAGCCUUAGAGCUUGGAGCUUCUCCUAAUCAAGAAAAAUCAAUGCGUAUACGCGGUCUAGAAUGUCUAGUGUCUAUAUUAAAAUGUAUGGUAGAAUGGAGUAGAGAUCUUUAUGUGAAUCCUGGGGUGCCUGUUGAUCAACAAUUGCCGACAGAACCACCUGAUCCACCAUUAGGACAACCAUCCCUACCACGUUAUGGCAGUGCUGGAAGUUUAUCGUCAGCAAAUUCUAGUCUCAUUGGUAUCAAAGAGAUGCCUGAUUCACCUGAACAAUUUGAAGUUCAAAAGCAACAAAAAGAAGUGUGGGAAGCCGGAAUUGAAAUAUUUAAUAGAAAACCUGCUAAAGGUAUCCAGUAUCUUCAGGAACAACAUUUAUUGGGUACUGCACCUGAUGAUGUCGCAAGAUUUCUUCAUAAUGAUGAAAGAUUAGAUAAAACAGCCAUUGGUGAUUUUCUGGGUGAUCAUAACCAUAAUCAAACUAUGUAUAACUAUAUUGAUCAAAUGGAUUUUGCUAAUAGAGAUUUAGUCACUGCACUGAGAUAUUUUUUGGAGGGUUUCCGAUUGCCUGGUGAAGCUCAAAAAAUUGAUCGGCUGAUGGAAAAAUUUGCUAGUCGAUACUGCGAGUGUAAUCCCAACAACGGUCUGUUUACAAGUGCUGAUACAGCUUACGUCUUAGGUUUUUCAAUAAUUAUGCUGACAACUGAUUUACAUUCACCACAGGUGAAAAAUAAAAUGACUAAAGAGCAAUAUAUCAAAUUAAAUCGACGGAUAAGUGAUAAUGAAGAUUUACCUGAAGAAUAUUUGUCAAAAAUUUAUGACGAAAUUGCUGGUAAUGAAAUAAAAAUGAAGUCACAUCCUAACAGGCCAGGAAAACAAGUGAUAUCAAGUGAAAAGAAACGUCGGUUGCUGUGGAACAUGGAGAUGGAGUUGAUAUCAACGGCGGCUAAAAAUUUAAUGGACUCUGUGAGUCAUGUCCAGGCUCCAUUUACAACAGCAAAACACUUAGAGCAUGUUCGUCCAAUGUUUAAAAUGGCUUGGACUCCUUUCCUCGCUGCUUUUUCUGUUGGUCUUCAGGAUUGCGAUGAUCCCGAAAUAGCAUCGUUGUGUUUAGAUGGUAUACGGUGUGCUAUUCGUAUAGCUUGCAUUUUUCAUAUGACGUUGGAACGUGAUGCUUAUGUUCAAGCACUGGCAAGGUUUACUCUUCUAACAGCAAACUCUCCGAUAACUGAAAUGAAAGCCAAGAAUAUUGAUACGAUAAAAACGUUAAUAACAAUUGCUCAUACAGACGGCAAUUAUUUAGGCAGCUCGUGGCUGGACGUUGUAAAGUGUAUUUCACAGUUGGAACUUGCUCAAUUAAUAGGCACAGGAAUACGACCACAGCUAUUGGGUCCACCAUCAAAGCCAUAUUUUCCAUUGCCGCUUAAUAAUUUUACAAAUUUAACUCAUAACAAUUCACAUCAAUCAAAUAGUCUUAAUUUAAGCUCACUAGAUCCUAGUGUAAAAGAAUCAAUUGGUGAAACAAGUUCACAGAGUGUCGUUGUUGCUGUUGAUAGAAUUUUCACUGGCUCAAUACGAUUGGAUGGUGAUGCUAUUGUAGAAUUUGUUAAAGCUCUGUGUCAAGUAUCACUUGAAGAAUUAUCUCAUCCAUCACAGCCACGCAUGUUUUCACUUACUAAAAUUGUUGAGAUUUCUUAUUACAAUAUGGGUCGUAUCAGACUACAGUGGUCAAGAAUAUGGCAAGUUGUUGGUGAUCAUUUUGAUCGGGUUGGAUGUAGCCCAAGACAAAAUAUUGCUUUUUUUGCGGUUGAUUCAUUACGACAAUUAGCAACAAAAUUUAUUGAGAAAGGAGAAUUUGCAAAUUUUCGAUUUCAAAAAGAAUUUCUGCGCCCGUUUGAACAUAUAAUGAAAAAAAAUCGAUCACCAGUUAUUCGUGACAUGGUUGUAAGAUGUGUCGCUCAAAUAGUUAACUCACAAGCACCAAAUAUACGCUCGGGUUGGAAAAAUAUAUUUAGUGUAUUUCAUCAUGCAGCUAGUGAUCGUGAUGAAUCAGUUGUUGACCUGGCAUUCACAAUGACGGGAAAAAUAAUAAAUGAUUUAUAUGCAAAGGAUUUUAGUAUUAUGGUAGAUUCAUUUCAAGAUGCCGUAAAGUGCCUAAGUGAAUUUGCUUGCAAUGCAUCUUUUCCAGACACAAGCAUGGAAGCAAUAAGACUGAUACGCACGAGUGCCUCCUAUAUUGAUGUUAAUCCUCAAAUGUUUGCUGAAGGAAUGAUGGAUGACAAUGGGAUGGUGUCGGAGGAAGAUCGAUCAUGGGUGAGAGGCUGGUUUCCAUUAUUAUUUGAAUUGUCUUGUGUUGUAAGUAGGUGUAAACUUGAUGUACGAACACGUGCAUUAACUGUACUAUUUGACGUUGUUAAAACACACGGUGCUUCAUUUAAACCUCACUGGUGGAAAGAUUUAUUUCAAGUACUAUUUCGUAUUUUUGAUAAUAUGAAACUUCCAGAACAACAUACAGAGAAGGCCGAAUGGAUGACCACAACAUGCAAUCAUGCUCUUUACGCAAUCGUCGAUGUAUUUUCUCAAUUUUACGAUAUUUUGGGUCCUCUUCUUCUUGGUCAACUGUAUUCUCAAUUACUUUGGUGUGUACAGCAAGAUAACGAACAAUUGGCUCGUUCUGGUACAAAUUGCCUUGAAAAUCUUGUGAUAAGCAACGGUAUAAAAUUCGAUGAAGACACCUGGACUAAAACAACUCGUUGUAUUCUCGAUACUUUUGAAAGUACUUUACCAUCUGUACUACUCACUUGGAAACCGCCAUCAACAAAUAAAGAAUCCGAUAUGGAUGUUAUAACUGGAGAUAAUGAUAAUCACAUGGGAAUACUCAAACGUAGUCAAAGUACUCAAAGUCUCUGCAAUAAUAAUAAUAAUAAUAAUGAUUUACCCCGGUCACGAUUAUUUUCAUCUCUGCUGAUAAAAUGUGUCGUACAAUUGGAAUUAAUUCAAACCAUUGAUAAUAUUAUAUUUUAUCCAGCGACGUCACGUAAAGAGGAUCAAGAAAAUUUGGCUCUAGCACAAGCAGAUAUGUUGAAUGGUCGUUCAAGUGAUUCGGGUCUCGAUGGAUCAGGCAGUGAACAAAAAGAAGAACAAGGAAUGUACUGUUCAUUAAAUACAAUUCAUCUUUUACAAUUAGUUGAUUGUCUUUUGAGAUCGCACAGAUUUGCCAAGAGCUUUAAUGUUAACAAUGAACAACGUAAUAUUCUUUGGAAAGCUGGUUUUCGUGGCACAGUUAAACCUAAUCUACUAAAACAAGAGACACAGUCGCUUGCAUGUGCUCUACGAAUCCUAUUUAAAAUGUAUAAUGACGAGACACAUCGUACUAAUUGGUCAACAGUUGAGUCUCAUUUAGUUGAAAUAUCACGAGAAGCGUUGGAAUAUUUUCUAGUUUUACCUAAUGAAGCUCAUCGUGACGCUUGGACACCUAUUUUAUUACUGCUACUCAAUAGAAUUCUUAAAAUGUGCGACAAUCGUUUUGCCGUACACGCGGCUAAUUGUUAUCCUCUUUUGUGUGAAGUAAUGUGUUUUGAUCUUAAACCCGAACCACGGUCUGUUUUAAGGAGAUUUUUCUUACGAAUUGGACCGGUAUUCAGAAUUACAAAAUUGUAA